CAACACGAGACGGCAGACGGGAGGUUUCUCACUGUAUGCAAGGACGGAACAAUCUGCUUCUGGAGAAGCAACUACACCAUCCAGAGAAUGGUGCAGGUGGAGAGCACAAGGUCAAGGUUCACGUGGGUCACUGACCUAGUAGUCAUGGCGAACAUCAACAAGCUAAUGGUGUCGUUCACCGACAACACUCUUGCGGUGUACGAUAUCAUGACCUUUGACCUCCAGCAGCAGGUGGUUGGACUCCGGAACUGCAUUCUGACUCUCUACUAC